CCAACGUCAACAGUAAUUUCACGCCAAGAAGAAGAAAUUCAGCAAAACACGGAAGAACUAGUUAGCAACAUGAGCUAACACUAACGUAAAUCAUUAAAACCACCACAAUGAGGACGUUGUAAAUAUUUUAUUUUUGUUUAGUUAAAUUAUCUAGUUAACUUUACAAUGUUUGGGAAGUCUUAUCAGCUUCUUCCUCAGACUGACCCGGCCGCACAGCGGACUCCUGGACUAUUUGUAUACACCGACAGCUUCACACGAACAGGCUACCAUAAAGGACUUUCCUUUGAUUACAUCCCAAAUGUUUCUGAAAACGACUUUAGUGAUAGCUCCCAGGGAUGGCUGUCUUGGAUUUGCAAUCGAAUCGUCACCUUCCUCGUCCACAUCUGCACUUUUCUAACCUUUCCUAUAACCGCAUGGUUUGUAUUAAAAACUGUGCCAAACUACCAGAGGAUAGUAGUGUUUCGCCUGGGUCGUGUCUGUCCCCCAAAGGGUCCUGGAAUUGUGCUGCUGCUGCCCCUCAUUGACCAGUGGCAGAGGGUAGACCUACGCACCCGUGCUUUCAAUAUACCUCCAUGCCAGGUACAGACCAGGGAUGGUGGCCUCUUCUCUGUGGGAGCAGACAUUCAAUUUAGGAUCUGGAACCCAGUCUUGUCAGUGGUGUCAGUCCAGGACCUGAAUGCUUCAACCAGGAUGACUGCACAGAAUGUUUUAUCCCACAGCCUGGCUAAGAAGACGGUCAGAGAGAUCCAAACUGAGAGAGUGAAACUGGGAGAAUACCUUGGCGUGGAUAUAAAUGAAAUGACUCGGCCCUGGGGGCUGGAGAUAGACAGGGUAGAACUCACUCCAGGUUCUCUUCUCAAGCCCCCUGAGGAAGGACCACCUGGACCUCUUGUUCUUCCUCCCUCUGUGCCCGGACUGGAGGGCCUCACAGGCCCCCUUCAGCAGCUGGCCAUGCACUUUAUGAGCCACAGCUCGCAGCCUCAGCAAGGUAAGGCCUCAUGGUCACACCAAAGUAAGGUGCAACACCCAUUAAGCCACUGCUGUUCAUCACUAUCUUUCCCCGCUAUAGAAACCAGUGUAGGAUUUAUAAAUGAGCAGAGUGGCAUCCAUCCAACUGUGACCACACUAAGUUCUGUUGAAGAGCUGCUCCAUGCGGUCCAGCUUGUCCUCUCUGAAACUUUGGUGAACCAGGUCGGCGCCUGCUUCCAGUUUGAUGUCAGCUCAGGAGAGGGACAGCAUCGCAGUUACUAUGUGGAUUUAAGCCAAGGUCGUGGUGCAGCCGGAGCUGGAUCCCUGUGCCGACAGCCAGAUGUAACACUGACUAUGUGUGAGGAAGACCUUCUGGCCAUGUUCCAGGGAAGACUGCAGCCAUUUGCUGCCUACAGCAGCGAUAGACUUCAAAUUCAGGGGGAUUUUAAGACAGCUAUGAAGUUGGAGGAACUCAUAAAGCUGCUUAGGAAAUAAUAUUUUUAGUUAUUUAUUGAAAUUUUAACUUGAUGGGAAUGCAUUAUUAUAAAUUAAUUUCUCCUAAACUUGGCUUAUCUUUUCUUUAAAAAAAAAAAAACAUACACACCGACAUUGCAUUAGAUAUACCCUUGUGCAAUCUACAGAUGCAUCCCAAAUUCCAAUAAAUUAGAAAUGCAUGCAUGCAAAAAAUGCAUUUAUUUCAGUAGUUCAAUUUUAAAAGUUACUCAAAGAUUUAUCAAACACAUCGGGGGAAAAAAAUCAGAAGGCCAAAUCCUAGUAAUUUUAAAGUUAAAAUUUUUGUUUCAUAUGAAAUAUUCAGUCUUUGAGAUUUUGGGUUUUUGUUUGCUCUCAGCUAUAAUCAUCAAAAUUAUAUGUAUAUAAAAAAUCAUGGAAUAUUUCACUUUGUGUGUAGUGCUCCAUAUACUGUAUGUAUGUCUCUCUUUUUUAAAUGAAUUAAUGAACUGAAAUGAAGUUUUCUAGAAUAUUGUAAUUUAUUAACAUGCACCUGUCCUGUAAUAGAAAAAUGUAGUUUUCAAUUUAAUUUUUUUUGCUUGAGAUUGUUGCUUAACAAUACAGUAUGUUUAUUAAAUGUG